GGAACUUGUCGGUGAUCUUUGCGGGUGCGCGGUACGCGCGUCGUAUAGGAGCCCAGCCUCCCGUAGAAGUCGACCACCGUCAGCCCCUGCAGCAUGAGUCAAUGACCCAGAAGACCCCUACGGCAGCCCAACUGUCAAGCUUCCCAGACAAUGGCGAAAACGGAGCUUGACAGUGGUCGUCGUCGCUACCCUCAUGUUCCAUCUCGUUAGCUGAACCAGCACCGGUGGACUUCUAAAGUCGACCCAUUGUCCAAGAUCGAAUUCUCCUUUGCUACGAUGGUCGACACACAGUACGCGUCACGGCUGUCGAAGGCUUCCCAAGACCGCUUCGCCGUCAUCCGUACUGAACUGUGCUUAUCGUCCUCCACCUUCAGCCCGAGGUAUCUCAGCACGACGCCCGUCUUCUCGCCCUUCUUAAUCGAUCCCCUCUCGACGGCGCGGACGAAGUCAUCCUCGCUGCCGAAGGCAUGCGCCUUGCCUGUGAAACCUAGGCCUUCCGGGCGCGAGGCUACCGCGAAGGAUACUACGAUAGGUGGAUCAGUGGACGUCCGUCAUUUGGGGUGACAUAAAUUGACUGACCACAAGUCACCAGUCUCCUUGAUCGGAUCCUCGAGUGGCCGGAUCACGUCCUGGCUAGUCAGGUCCAGCUUACCGUGUUCGUGCACCCAGCGCUGCCAGGUUCUCCGCUUAUCGGGUGUAUGGCUAGAGCUGCCCCAGAGCCUGUUAAAGCUGCGUAGCGCGCUUCAGCUGUGGGUAAUCCCGGCAUGUGGCCUC